UCUGACACAAAAGGUUUGACAGAGUCUGUUGUAUACUGCUACUUAUCUCUGGUAUCCACCAAUACUUGAGCAGAGAAGAAGCAACGUGAUUGAGAGUGUUACAAAUUUCUAAUUUUGAUCCAAACCCAGCCUCAUUCAGAUGUCACCAACUUCAUUGGGAAGAUUGAAGAAAACAAAUCAAUCAUCUCUUUUAUGACUGCAUUGUUAUUUUGCAGAUCCCAAUAACCAUAACUACAACUUUCAUUCAUUCAUUCAUUCUUUCUUGCAAUUUUACUUGAUGAAACCCAACUGGGAGCUCAACAACUGCUGCAACCACGAACAGGUGGUGUUUCUGGUCACUGUCGGUGUCUGCACUGUCGUUAUACUUGCACUAUGGAGAACAGUCAUACUCAGACCCUUUAAGCUUGUUACAGUAUUUCUUCACGAGGCAAGCCAUGCAAUUGCUUGUAAACUCACUUGCGGUCAUGUAGAAGGAAUACAGGUUCAUGCUGAUGAAGGUGGAACAACACAAACACGUGGAGGCGUAUAUUGGUUAAUCUUGCCAGCUGGAUAUAUUGGUUCAUCUUUCUGGGGCAUGGUAUUGAUACUUGCAUCGACAAAACUUCUUACUGCCAGAAUAGCUGCUGGUUGUUUUAUUGCUGCUCUUCUUAUUGUCCUCUUCGUUGCAAAAAACUGGACUCUUCGGGGACUUUGUAUUGGAUUUAUAGUGUUCCUUGGGGUGAUAUGGAUUCUGCAAGAGACAACCAAAGUUCGAAUAUUGCGGUACAUUAUUUUGUUCAUAGGUGUAAUGAAUAGCUUGUUUUCUGUAUACGAUAUCUACGACGAUCUGAUUUCCCGAAGAGUAAAUUCUAGUGAUGCAGAAAAGUUUGCAGAAGUGUGCCCUUGUCCUUGUACUGGUGUUGGAUGGGGAGUUAUUUGGGGUUUAAUAUCUUUUAUAUUUCUUUGUGGAGCAGUGUAUCUGGGUGCUGUGAUCUUGUCAUGACUGCACUUGUCCUUAGUUGAUGAGUAAUGCCUUCCAUUUUAAUCCUUUUUGGAUUUCUUUUAUGUGCAAAUGCAGGAACAAACAUUCCUGCUUCAAGUUCUAUUACCACUGAAAUGUUAUUUAUGAUCAAUAAUAUA